AUGGCCUACCGGUUCCAUUCUCCCCUGCUCCUGAUGGCCUCCCUAGCCCUGACUCUGAACUUGAACCUGGGCCCAGUGGUGGCUGACAUCGACCCCUCUGAAGACCUGCCAUUGGCGGGCGGCCUGAGGGAAGCCAAUAUCCAACAGAAGGAUGUGAAGGAGGCAUUGGACUUCGCUAUCAGCGAGUACAAUGGGAGGAAAAAUGACUUGUACCUGAGCAAAGUGGUGGAAGUUGUGCAGGCCCAAGAGCAGCUUGUGGCUGGAAUUAACUACUACUUUGAUGUGGUGCUAAGCCAAACCACAUGUCUGAAGACUCAGUCUGAUUUGACCAACUGUCCCAUCAAUGAGCAGCAAGAGAGGGAGUUUUGCUCCUUCCGCAUCUAUUUUGUGCACUGGUUGAACCAGAAGACCCUGACAAGCUCCAACUGUCACAGUGUCUGA